UAAGAGCAAGAAGCAAAUAAACAAAAAUAAUCGGAAAAUUCAACACGUGCGAUUACGUGAAACCUUGUUUAUAAAACAAAACAGGAAAAAGGGGAAUAUGAAAGCAUGGCAAGAAGACCAGAACAUAGUGCACCACCUGAAAUUUUCUACAAUGAUGAGGAGGCAAAAAAAUAUUCCAGCAAUUCCCGUAUAAUAGAAAUUCAAGUUGAAAUGGCUGAACGCGCUCUCGAAUUGUUGGCUUUAAAUGAGGAUGAAUCAUAUUUGAUUUUAGACGUGGGCUGUGGUUCUGGCUUGUCGGGUAGCGUGCUAGAGGAUAGCGGUCAUGCAUGGAUCGGUGUAGACAUAUCAAGACCCAUGCUAGAUAUAGCUGUUGAUCGGGAAGUGACGGGAGAUUUAAUAUUAAGCGAUAUGGGUCAAGGAGUCAAUUUUAAACCCGGCACGUUUGACGGGGCUUUAUCAAUAUCCGCAUUGCAAUGGCUUUGCAAUGCCGAUAAAACGUCUCAUAAGCCGCAUAAACGUUUGUAUAAAUUUUUUUCUACACUAUUGUCUUGUCUUACACGUACGGCUCGUGCUGUUUUCCAAUUCUAUCCGGAAAAUGCCGAACAAAUUGAAAUGGUGACAGCGCAAGCUAUGAAAGCUGGUUUUUACGGCGGUUUAGUUAUAGAUUAUCCUAAUUCAACAAAAGCGAAAAAAUACUUUCUGGUUCUAAUGACCGGUGGCUCGGCCCCGCUUCCCAAAGCUCUAGGUAACGAGGAAGAGGAGAAACGUAUUAGUUACAUAAAAAAGCGAGAUAUGUGUAAAGCAGCCAGAGGUAAACCAUUGAAGAAAUCUCGCGACUGGAUUUUAGCUAAAAAAGAACGUAGACGUCGUCAAGGUCUUGACACACGACCAGAUACUAAAUACACGGGACGCAAGCGCAGUACUCGAUUUUGAUAAAUCUUUAUUUACACCACUUCUUUGUAAAGCAAAUUAACUAGAAAUUGUCCUAAAAUAUAAUACAAAUCACAGAAUCAUUAA